UUAGGAAAUAAUUUAUUCCGUUAUUUUAUCUGCUGUAUACUGUUCCACUGAGUGAAAAAUUAGUUUAUUCAUUCCUGUUAGUUUGUUUCUACUUUUGUUUGUUUGGUGGUUUUCUUUGCUGUGAUGAGCCUGCUGGAGUAAACAUCCUUAUUAUGUGCCUUCCAGAGCAUGUGCAACUAUUUCUCUAGAAUUGAUCACUUGAAAUAGGAUAGGCACAUCUUCCUGUUAUAGGAAUUGCCAAAUGUCCCUUAAAUUUCUUCACUUAAUUAUAUAUCACAGUUCUAAUUUCUCUGCUUUCCUUGCUGACAUUUGGUGUUAUCAGCAUACUUAUUUUUUUAACAAAUGUGAUGGGAUUAAGAUGACAAUUUUGUAUUGUUUUAAUGUGCUUUUCUGUGAUUACUAGUGAGUUUGAACAUCUUUUCAUAAAUUUACUGCUCAUUUGAAGUUCUUGCAUUAAUUGCCUGUUUAUUUCCUCUGCCCACUUUUUUCUAUUGUUUCUUUUUCUUAUAAAUAUGUAGGAAUUCUGUACAUGUUCUGAUCAGAAUACAUGCAAUUAUACGUGUGGAAAAUAGCUCCAUCUGCUCUAUGGACUGUCUUUUCUCUGUGUUCCUUGUGUGUUUUAUCAUUCAGAAAUUUUAAAUUUUAGUACAACCAAAAUUAUCAGCCUUUUCCUUUAUUGUUUGUGCCUUUUCUGUCUCAAGAAAUUCUUCCCUACUGGGAUGUUAGAAAGAUAUUUUCCCAUGUUUGAUUCUUCAAAUUGGCUGAUUUUGCCUUCUCAUGUUUAAAUAUUUAAUCUAUGUGCAAUUAUUUUUUUCCAUUUUGGGAGAAAGUAGCCUAAUUUUCUGUUUUUCUAAGUGGAUGGUUUAUUGUCCUGGCAGCAUUUGUUGAAAAGUCCAUCAUUUCUCCCAUCGAUUUGCAAUGAAGCUCUGUCAUAUCCCAGGUUCCAAUAUGUUUAUGAUACUGUUCCAAGUUUUCCAUGUCUAUCUCUAUGAUGAUAUUAGAUGGUUGUAAUUAGUGUAACUUUAUAAUAGACUUUGCUAUCUGGUGAGGGGAGACCCCUUCCAUUGUUAAUUCUUCUUUCUAAAAAUUGCCUUGACUAUUCUUGACUUUUUGUUUCCACGUGAUUUUUAAUAUCAACUUGUCGACUGCUAGGAAAUGCCCUGCUGUGGGUUUUGAUGGAUAUUGUAUUUAGUUCAUAGAUUGUUUUAAGGUGAAUUUUCAUCUUGAAAUAAAGUUUCGCUGUCCUUGAAAAAAGUGUAGCAUUCCAUGUAUUCAAGUCUUUCAUUGAGCCUUCAGGCCUCUAUCUUCUGACACCUGUGUGUGGGAAUCAGUCAAAUACGCUUUUCUGGAAGUGCACGCUGGCUCCUGCCAUCCUCCUCUAUCUCCUGAGCUCAGUGAAAGCCUGCUGUGUCAAUGGUGAUGAUGGAGCAGCUCUGAUAGCCAUGGUAGCAGGCACUAUGGAUAUGAGGAUUCCUGCCCACCAUUCUUGUCAGCCCAUUGGUUGCUGGAAUCCAGCUGCUAUGAUGGCAGCAGGGUAGAGAGGAGGAAUUGGAGGCUGAGACCCAGGCAUCAGGUCUGAGGAAGAGGCUGGGAGCUCCAGUCAUUGGGAGUGUACAGUUAUUUCCUGGGCUCAGUUGCUAUAUAUCUGUGGUUUGGGACAUAGUUUCUGAACUAAGCUGCUUGAGUUCACUUCCCAUCUCUACCUCUUACUAGCCUGAGAACAUUGCUUAGCUUAUUCAUAUUUCAUUUCUUCCUUUGUUAAAUAGUGAACUUCAUGGGGUUGUUCUGAGGAGUAAAAGAAGUAAUAUCAGUAAAGAUCUGAGAAUAGUGCUCUGCUCAUUGGGGGUUACCUGCUGCUCCAGCAUCACCAUUAGUAUUGUUAUUAUUAUUACUGUAUUGAACCAUCUUGGAUUCAAGCUGGUAUUUUCUUAUGUGUGUUUUCUCUUGAAAUGAGCUUCCUGGGACAUACUCCGUCUAACCUAUUGGAGGUUGAUGGUGUCCAUUAGCACAUUCAAGGUUCUUAAAAUACUUGAGGUAAAAAAACUGUUUAAUCUUAUUUAAGCCAAUAUUUCCCAAAUCCACCUGUCCAUUGAACUCUUCUUUUGUCCAAAGAGUACCUAUUAACAUCAGUGUAAUUAGUAUUCCGUAGAAGACCAUUUCAGGAACAGUCUUUAGGGCAUUACUUGUAAAAAUUAUCUUUAUUUUGACAUAUAUUACAGAAAGACAUCCCAAGAAGAUAAUUCUUCAUGGUGGGGUUUGAAAACAGAGGUUAGCUGAAGAACAGAGAUUGAUGUUAGUAGGCAGUCUCCGAUCAGUACAGUAUAUCCUCUAAGUAUAUCAAAAGCCAUAUCAUAAAUUCGCCCAACAGCUCCCACUGAUGACAAACAUAGUCACAUAACUUAUGCCAUUAAAAAAAAGAAUGGCAUAAGUUUGUGUUUGUUUAUUUUAAAGUAGAAAUGUCGCAUAUUUGGUAUCUAUCUGACUGCCUGGUGCAGAGGGAAAAUGUGAUUCAUUUUGUAGAAGCCCCAUUGGACUUUAUCCUAAAGGCAAGGAGGCCAGUUAUUGGUAUUAAUCAUAGUUCAUUUACUGCUUGUUUUUGUUUCUUCAAAGAACUCAAGUUGUAAUUAGGAAUGGCAUUUUGGGAAUGUUGGGAAUGCUACUGGGAUAUAGUCUGACUCCCCCACCCACCCCUCAUAUGUAUAUUGUUAUUUCCUUAGCCAUAUUCUCCACCAACAGCCUGUGAAAAUGUUGACUAGUUAAUUGUUCUGAAUCAAGAACACAAUGCCUGGGCAAAGUGCCGAGGAGGCGGCUCCAUGCUGCCACCUCCCCUGUCACUGUCCUGUCACUGCUCUUGCUACUCUUAGCUGAGCUGAAGCAGAAGUGGAUUAUACUAGUGUUUGAUCCAAAUAAUUAGCUUUUUAUCAUGAAAAGCAAAGCAGAACUAAUUGUGGACACUGUUUCCUUUCCUUUUGAUUCUCAAAAGAGCUUUUCUUAGGAUAACUUCCCCCAACCCCUUUUGCCUCUCUCCUUUUUCCCCAUGUGGCACUUCUUAUUGCAUUAAGAUGGCACCUCAUUGUGGGCCAUGGAUGAGUCUGAAAGCUGCUGGGGCCAGGACCUGGUAGAGAAGGUCUAACCAACCAGAGAACUAGAACUGAGGACUAAACUCUCUGGUCAGGUCAUUGGUCUUCUCAAUUAUUCAUUAUUAAUUCUCCAUCAUACAGAUUCUUCCCAUUAAAGUGUUUUAUCAGAUAAAGUGAGCAGUAAAAUCCAGAUGAUUUGCUGAUAAACUGUAAGACCUCCAGUUCACGUAUGUUAGAAUAACAUGCCUAGUUUUCAUUCUAUGUCCUUCUAGAAUCUUAAAAACAAUCAUUUUACAGCCUUGGUUUCCAUGGCUUGUAUUUAUUUCUUUCAACACACUCAUGCCGAGUAAGAUGUCUUGGGUUAACUUGAACUAGGAACAUUUUGUUGUUUUACAGUUUUAUGAAUGAAGUUUUAUAGAUGUUUUUGUCUCAUACAUUCUUUUCAAAGAAACUUCAUAUAUUUACUUAAAAAUCUAUGAAUUACUCAGAAAUCAAGUGAAAGUAAUAACUCUGGCUUAUCUGUCAGAGCUAUAUUUUUAUGGGACUUAAUCACCACUGUAUUUAAACAGAAACAUUAAAAUACAAAAAGAGGCUUGUUUUCAUUAAAAAAGAAAAAAACUGGUAACACUUGCAAUAUGUAAACAUUGUUGGCUGGUAAAUUAUAAUCAGAUUGCUAUUGGAUUACACAUUACAUUGUGCUAAUGCUAAAAGACCGAUUCCCAGUGAUGUCAUUACAGGCUCUGAGCAGACAGGAUCUAUUACUAUUAAAGAAUGCUGUGCUAACAAUUUGCAACAGACCAAGGAGUAAUUUAACUGGGGUAGGAUUGGCUAGAACUGUAAAUAGGCAUUUCUUUUUAUUGAGAAAAACUUUCAAAUGUUAGAUUUUAACUCUGGGACCAGAUUCAUUAGACACGGACUAUUUUAUUUAGACAGCAUCUGUGAUGCUGCCAAAUUCGUUUCCCUGUGUAUAGUUGACUUUACCAUAGGGUUAAGUGAAGGAGAGGUGGAGGCUUGCAGAAGCGUUUUUCUCUUUGCGCCUCUGUUUUCACUGCAGAUAAAAUAGAAAGUGAAUGGUCGUGUAAAUGGUUUUUAAAGCAGAUGCGUUUUAUUUUAUACUGUUUUUUACCCCAGAGAGACAGUAUGCAUCUCUGAUCCUAAUACGUCCGCUAGUGGGCGCUGCAGCGCUUCCAACUUUCUGUAUAUUUUUAUCUGGGCACAGUAUUCAAAAAUCACAUAGUGAAUGGCGAGUUUCCCUUAAGAGCUACUGUCCUGUCAAGAAAGACAACAAAAAUACAUUUGGAAGAUUACAUCUACUGAAAUUAUUUACUAAAAUUUUAGAACAGAAUAAUGUGCUUGAGAUUGCUACUCAGUUUUUGCUGGCAUUCAUUUGUGUUUGUGAAUUGUCACAUUUAUUCUUGUUUGAUAGGCUUAUAUGUUGAAGCCCAUAUUAUGUGGAAAAGAAAAGGUACGAAUGCCAUAGCACAAAUUAACAAUAUUUAUUAGGAGAAAAUCCUGCCUUUUUCUAUUAAAGAAAAACAUUUAACAUGUUCAGUUUAUGUAAUUUUUAGUAUGAAGCAGUGCAGUUGUGGCUAAGAUGUCUAUUUGAUAUUUAGGGAAGAAUUUGAUGCUUUAAUAAGGGAAUCCUCUGUCUCCCUCAUCCAUCAUCCGCCAUCCUCAUCCAUCCAAACACCACUGUAAAUUUGUCAGAGCCUUUUCCAUAUUCAGUACUUGUAUAAAUAAUGGCUGCUGUGAUUUGAAAAAAGGGAAAUGUGCACUUUCUGGCUAUGUUAUAUAUCUGAUCACAGUCAUGGCAACAUCUCAUAGUUUUUGUUUAGCAUUGCUCAGCCUCAGUGCCUAUAAUUUAAGCUCCAGAGCCAAAGGACAUUUUUGUGUGUUGACCCUUAUUGUGGUUAGUACUUGCCAAAAGGAGAUCAGUUUAGGGGGCUUUUCUAUACCAGACGAAACAGCCUCUGCUCCAUUACUAUGCUUUUAUCAUUGCCCAUCACCUCUCCUUCUCUCCUUUGCUAUCUUAGGGAUUAUGCAGGUUCUCUGCAAUAUUCUGAAAUUAAUCAAAGGAAGCAAAACCCCAUGCCUUAUUAUCCAUCACAGAAAGAGAGUGGUUUCCACAAUCCAGACCGCUUUGUGAUGUUGUCCAGUUGUGUAACUAGAAUUUUAUUAUCUUACAGAAAAAGGUUUUGGUUUUCACACAAUGAAACCUUUUCAUGUUAAACUCGUAUGAGCAAUGGACCCCUCCAUGUGAGUGUGACAAAGGGUCUGAAUUUAACUGAUAGGCAUUUCCCUUAUUUAAAUAAGGAAGUGAUCUGUGAACAAUGUCCAUUUCUUUCUUUGAUUUUUAGCUUAGCAGAACAGCUGUAUGUCCUUAAUGCAGUUUGGAUCAUGGAAGCUUUCUAUGCAAUGAGAUAGCAGCAAACUUACAGGAUACUUAUCCAGUCUGGACCUUGUAUUCUAUCUCAUCUCUGUAUAAUCAUGCUCUACAAAUUAUUUUUUUCCACUAAAUUAGUGGCCAUUGUACAGAUUGCAGACACUUAGUUUGAUUGAAAGUAAUAAAAGGAGAUUAUCCACUGGGUUGGUUGAGUGAAGGUUCUGAUUUGACCCACUGCCUGGAGAGAAAAGAAUUAAUCUUAUAAACCUGACUCACUUCUGCCAUGCUUUGAAAAACUGCCAGGAAUGCAUUAGAUCCCUUUUGUCUUAAGUCCAGUGAGAGCUAAAGAUGGAGUGGGACAGAUCCAAUGUAUGAACCAAAUAGACGGUGGCCCGCGUGUUAUGCUCUGAGUGGUGUCUUCAGCUGUGGUGAGGGCUUUCUUUUGCUCCCUGAGUAAAUUCCAAUCACAACAAUCUUUGAAUUUGAGGAGGAGGAGGAAGAGAACGGUUUUCAUUUAUUAAGUAUGUUCUUUGUGCCACGGACUGUUUUAGAUUCUAAGUUUAGAAUCUAAGUGUAUUUAGAUUAUAUAUGUUUUUGUAUCGAAACCUCAUGAAACAGAAUAUUAUUUUGCCAACUUUAUGGGCAUAAAAGUAGGUACAAAGAGGUAAAGUGCAAGAUCCUACAGCUGAUAGUAGACGCUUUGAGAUUGUAAUUCAAGUUUUAUUUUUACCCCGCAAAGCACUUUCUUGUAAACGCUAUACUCACCUCCGUUCUCCAAGAUAGCAGAGGUGAGACGUUAAUUCUAGGAGACCAGAGUGAGAUCUUGCAACACGUCCAACUUCAGGCUGGCACAGCGAGGCAUUCAGAAAAAAUGAAUGAAUAAAGAAGUACAUCACUGAUGUUGAGGGGAGAACAUUUGUCUUUCUAGGAGAUAGGAUGGGGAAUUGCAAAGGGCACAGGCUUUGGAGCCAGCCAGACCUGGGUGUAAGCAUCCCAAGUCUUCCCUUUGUUGUCACUGGGAGCACAGCAAUAACCUCUCUGAGCCUCUGCUUCUGUGUCCACAACAUACCGUAUAGGUUGUGGAGAGUGGGGAAAGACGGCCUGGUGAGUGUUGGAUGGCAGAUACUAGCAUGGAGGUCUGUCAACAGAUUGAUGGACUGCCUUGGUUGGGAGGUUGGAGGUUGGGGAUGCUAUUUUGGCACCAGAAGGAAGGCAGAGGGAGCUUCCCAUAGGUCAUAUUAGAAUCUUAAGGCACCUAAUUCAAAUGGAAAAUCCCAGUUUAGAGGUAAUGAAUAGUAGGAUUCAAACCUGCCUCAAUAACAUUUGAACCCUAAAAAGACAACCCUUCCCCCAGAGCUAUUUUCAGGAUACCCUUUAGGCAAAAUGGCUGUGUCAACUCUGAUCAUUAUUUUAGUUGUGUAAUUUCCAAUGAGCAUCUGGAACAUGCUUCUUCCUGUUCAUGGAAGCAGCCAUGGUUUCACAGGAGAGGCACCCAGGAGGGCCUCUCACAUCCACUUCUCUCUUCUUUGUAUUUCGAUUUCUGUCCUGUUUUAGCAAUAAGAGUGAGAGAGAUUGAGAGAAAACAAAGAAACAUUGUGCUCAAAAUAGUUCCUUUCCCUCAAGUUCUUCAGGUCAUUCUGUUCGUCUGAGGGUGUUUUCCUUUGAUCUUUUGUUGUUGAUGGUUGCAAUCUAUAUUCCCAAAGUUGCCCCUUUUAUUAAUCUUGAGAUCUGGUAAGAUAGAAUGAAGGAGGGAAGAAGAAAGAGUAAGAGAAAAGGAGGUCAGGAGGAUAAACGUCGUGGAAUCAGGCUGGCAGGCCAUGAGAGGACAGCCCUUGCUCUGCAGGUCAGAGUGCUAAGGGCUGCUCUGUGAGCUGAACCACAGACGUGGCUGUGGGACCUAUCGAAGCCUGGUGCUCAUGUGUGUUAUGGGGUGUGUGUGUGUGUGUGUGUGUGUAUGUGUGCAUGCAUGUGCACGUGUGCAUGCUCCAGACUUCAACAAGCCUCUUCCUGCUGUCCCUGUAUUUAGGUCUUUAUUACCCACUAGCAGAAUAGAAUGAUGCUAUUAUAUUAUCUUGUCUACCUGGUUCCAAAGACAGUAGUACUAGUCUUAAAUCUUUCAGGUUGUUAUUCAGGUAAUUUCAACCUAAAGAAAACCAGUCCUCCACUGUUUCUCUGGCAGGGAGAGAAUGUGCUGUCUCUCUAACCCAAAGCUUUAGAUAUAAGUGAACUGGCAACUUGGAGGCCAGGUCAAGGACUGAGUCUGUUUUUCUUUUUCUUGUCAGUCUAAAAGGUUUUUGUCUAGUGUCUGGACAAAACCUGAAGGGGUCAGGAUUAUGGGUGGAGGUAGCGAUUCAGUGCCCUCUUGAUUUCUGAUCACUGGGGCCACUGGGGCUGCCCCUUCCUGUCCCUGUGCUGGCCUCUUGGAGUGAGUGUGUGAUGGGAACUCUCUGUAGAGCCCCUUGGGCGUCUGGUUAGGGUUUGGCCUGACAGCUGCAGAGCACUCUUGUUGCAUGAAAACCUCAUCUGAUUCUCCCAUUCUUUUCCCUGCUGAAGGAAGGAAUUUGACAAAGGAGGCCUGAGUAGGGAGUCCCUGGAGUCAGGCUGUGGUCCUCUCUCCGGUUCCCUCUUGCCUUUGUCUGAGCCAGAGUCAGGCUCCUGGUCUGCAAGUUGUUCUGCAGAUGGCGCAGCAGCAGCCGCCCAGCUGGGCUGAUUUAACCCACAGAGUGUUUGUGUUUGUGUUUGACAGCCAAGACGGGGAGCUGGAAAACUGUUUUCAUUGGGAUCAGCCUCAGUUGUUUCUCCAAAAGCAGUUGGUUGAACGGCUGCGUUCUUUCUGGAGCCAUUAUGCCACGAGUGUUUCUUUCUUCCACUCGUCAUUGCCGGCUGCAUUUAUUCUUGAUGGAGUCAUGCUGCACCUGUGUACAUUCCCAAAGAGGUACCUUUCAGUUGUUGCAAGAAAAAGAAAGCAAAGAAGAAAAAAAUUGUGGACAUGUUCACACAUUUUCAUUACCACAAAAGUACUGAUGAAAACUGAUCAAAGCUGGGAAACGCAUCGCAGUAGCUCGAAACCCCAUCUCAAGCCAGUCCCUUAUUACCCAGGUCUGCAUUUCCAUGCUCAUCAAACACCUGUGCAGACUGUCUCUGAUUUGCAACUUGCUUCAGAUUGUGUCUCAGAUCUUAACCCCGGAUGUGACAAUAUAAGCUCAACAGACUGCCUUGGCCACCUUAGCAGACUCCUCACUGCGGUCAGAGCCUGCAGCCUCUCCCUACUCCCACUGGUCCUUGGCCAGCAGCUCCUGACACCCAGAGGAUUCAGCUUGGGGCCUCUGAAUUUCUUGAAUUCUUCUGAGACCAAAAGAAGAAUAAAUCAAAGAAGAACUCUUACAUUGGUAUGUAGACACAUCCUAUUGAGAUGCCUAGAGUUACUGAUGGAAUCUUUCUUCACAGUGCUUUGUCUUAUUCAAAGUGCUUGAAGGUUGAUUUCUGCAAGGGGGGCGUUCUCCUGUCUGAUUUCAUCGACUUAAUGAUUUGGAAUAUGUGUGACAUAAAAAUGAGCAACGUAUGUGUUGAUGGCUUUACUUCCCAAACUCCUAUAUAUUUUUUCUGAUAUUCUGGCAUGAAUUUGACUUUUGUUACUAGAGCUUUGAUGUCCUCUGCACACUACAAUGUAUUCACCAACUACUUAAAUUUUGGUCCUGAAAAAUGAAUUCAUUUGCUAAAGAUUCUGUUGGUAUGUAGGUAGGAACAAUUGGCAAUUUCUAAGGAUAAUCUUGUCAUUAUAAGUUAUGAGCUUUCAUAAUUUUAGGGUUAAUUAUGGCUGGUUUUGGUGAGUGUCCUAUGCGUGGAUCAUAUAUACAUUUUUCCUUGAGACUGAGCUUAACUCUGGGUCAUCAUUGUUGUAGAAAUGAAUGAAGCACAGUGAUAAGAGAAAUCCAUAGGGUGUUGUUUGGAAUCCACUGGAUGUUUCUUGGAAUUCAUUUCCAUGGCUGUAGCUAGACUUGAGGAUACGGCAAAUGCACUCACCAGAAAACUGUGGUUUGAGUUUUCUUACAUAAAGAAAAAGAAGGGAAGAGAAGGAGAGUUUGAUUGUCAGGGAUGUUGGAAGCAGAACCAAGUUGACAUUUGCCAUUCUUAAGCCUCUUUGUUAUCCCAGAAUGCUUCUGACUCUGGGAGCAGUUCAUUGUCCAGCAAAACGUCUUUCUCUCUGGUCUGAAGUAUACAAGGCAAGAUUUUGUAUUGCUUUGGAAAUAUACUCCUCCAUGCUGUGAUCUGAAAAUAGUAACCCUGUUAAGAAAGAGCAGGGACUUAGGUGAAUGCUUCAGACAUUCAUCUGAUGAAGUGUUGAGUAAACCAGAUGGUUGUUUUCAGAUGCCUUGAUAAAAUAUUUUAGAAAUCAGAGCUGGUUCCCAUUAAAAAAAUAAGCCCCCCUGGAGGGAUUUGCUUAUGACUUUCACCAUUUUGUUUUCAUUUAUUUCAAGUAGUUUUUAAAAUUAAGUAUAUCUAUGAGCACAAGCCAAGCUUGGACUAUAGAUUUUUAAAAGUCGGUGUACUUGACCUUGGAUAUUUGCUUGCUAUCUGUGGCACCUAGUCACCUGGUGCCCUCAUCCCGGUUAUCAGAGCCACAUCUGCUUAGAUGGAGUGCGGAUAUUUGUGCACGUCGGAGCCCAGAACACUUGAAUUUUCCAACAAUGAGAACACUGGGCGUUUCUCUUUGUGCAUGCUAAUGGUGUGGACUGAUUUUGCAGAAUCACUGCAGCAAGUUGUAAAUGAUGUAUGAAAUGAGAAAUUCCUGUCCAGUGCGCAGAGCGAAUAUAUACAGUUCUGUGCAAUCACUGCAGUGCUGGGCUAUUUGUUUUAAUAUUUCCUUCAGACAUAUAGUAAUUUUUUUGGUGAGUCAUAUCCAGAUGAUUGCCAUUGGCACAGAGCACUGAUUUCCUUUAUAUGUAUUUUGAAUGAAUUUCAGCCACAUUUAAGUUUACUUUAAUUAAUAGACUACUAGAUUUUAGAGGAUUUGACCUUUAAAAAAUAAUAUUUUUAUGAAAACAAUAGCAAUAUAUUUGUUUUGAAAAAAUUUGGAAAUAUUGAAGAGCCUGAAUAG